CUCUCUACGACAACUCUUAUCCUUGUGUGUUCAAGCAGAGUAUUUUCGCCGACCAUGGAGCGUACAGUGCUCAAACAAAAGGAUCGGUUCCAGUUGAGCUACGACCUCCCACAUGAAGCCUACGAUGCGCACGUCUAUCCUCGACAAUCCUCCAAUGGUUCCACUGUCGUAAUAUACGGUCACGACGAAGGUGUCCGCAUCGCCUGGUAUGCUGGGAAAUCCUUCAGACCGGCUAGGAAGGAUGCUGUACCCGCCAAGGUCAACGGGACUGCAAAGGCAGAUGCCAUGGUGAUUGAUCUGGACGAUGACGAUGAUGAUGACCGACCGAGAAAAGGACAUCCUCCAGCGCCGGCCGAAUUCGAGCAGGAAGAGCAGGAAAUAGACCCAGCCGCACCAUACGCAGAUUUCCUGAGGUGUAUUGACAUCCCGUUGGGCACGGCGGCGGUACGUAUCGCGGUGCCCAAUAUUGUGAAGGACCUCGAGCAAGCUCCUCCUGAGUCGUGGCCCUCACUGUACCUAGACCAUAUCGUGGUGACUGUGGCUUGUGCAGACCUUAGUAUUCGCCUCAUCUGUGCUCCCCUGAAUCCCCCUGCCCCAGGUGAAGAGGAUGCAUCCAAGCUGGGAAUCGAUACCAUCAAGAUCUACGGACCAAAUUCGCACCAAGAUUUCAUAUCAGACAUCGCGAUUACGCACACUGCGAGCGUCCAGGAUGAGAAAGAUGGCAGCGAGCAACAACAAGGGAGUCAUGUUGGCUCAAAAGCCGAUCAGUCCUCAAUUUCACGCCAAUGGUCCUUACUCAUAGCCAGCAUCUCGUCCACCGGAGGAGGAUUGCUACUCAUCCACCAGGUACCGGUGCAGUCUCACUCAAUCUCGUCAGCACCCGAGCAUCACUUGCCCAUCAGGAGGCAAUAUCUACGGUCGUCUGCUAUGAGUGCAAAGUUGGCGUUCAACACAUGCUCGUAUCCCGCCGAACGGCACUCCAGCCUACUCAUUACCCUCUCGUCUGCCUCGUGCGUCAAGCUGUAUCAAGUAUUUCCCACCUAUUCUCGUGAGCGAAGAGGUUCCACUGCCACUGCCGAUUCUGUUUCUACGACACGGUCUACGAAGACUGCAAGCAGCUCUCGUGGGAAGUUCCUCAUGAGCUUCCUCCCGCCUUUUCUAUCGAAUACCGGCGGCAAUGUCACAUCAAGGAGGAAAGGCGUCCUCGACGCGCGUUGGGUUGCUGAAGGACGGGCCAUACUAGCUUUACUCGAGGAUGGCGAAUGGGGCAUAUGGGACCUUGAAGCUGUCGGGCCGUCCUCGUCCAACACAGGAGCGAACUUGAUCCGGGGGCAGGCCAAUAUCUCAGGGAUCCAUGGGGGAUCAUUGACCAAGUUCGCAAUCCGAUCAAUCAUAUCCUCACCUACCGAAACGAAGCAGAAAACAGCGAAUGCCGAGGAACAGCCUGCGUCGGGCAGUCUAGCUCCCAUGACCCCUUCGACACGGAAAGUGCGUUCCGAGGGUCUCUUCAGCGGGCUUAAGGAAGACUCGACGACAUCAAAGCCUCAGAAUCCACGAGGUAGCAUUUACGUAGAAGCCGUCCAGAGCGGACGGCCCCACGACGAAUGUGCCGUGAUAAGCUACGGCGACGAGAAUGUCUUCAUAUCGUCAGUGCAAUCGGUAUGGAGGUCCGACAUCAAACCGGUUCGCUUACCAGCAGUGAAACUUGGUGGUCAAAAUCCUCUCCGUUUCAGCUUGCUCCCGAAACCACGAGCGGGCGCCGAGUCCUCGGGUCUCUUUGGCAUAUCGGCGUCCACGCCUGACUUUUUCAUCCAAACCAAUCACCGCCUCAUCCUAUCUGUGAGCCCUGUGACAGAUGCAGUCAACGCCACCUCCAACCCGUCCACGCAUGCCGCCGCUUCGCUCGGCCCAGAGGCUUCUGACCAAGCUCUACUUGCAUCAGGUGUUCUCGACGUCGACGGCAUGGACCGUUUGCUGGACCAGAUGGGCGGCGGCGGCCGCCGCCGCGGCCCUACGACGACUACUACUACUUCAUUCAAAUCCAGACCCAUGAAUAUCUUCACGAAGAGUGUGGGGUUCCAGGUCGACAAUGAUGGUGAUGAUGAUGCUGAUGAAGAUGAUGAGAACUAUGCCGGUGACGAUGUCGAUGUCGCCAUGGCAUCACCUACGCCGACGAAGUUUGCCUCUCUGAAAGUCGGCAACUCUUCCAGAAGAUUCGGGCCAGGCAGUCAGGUGUCCCAGAGGCGAUUAUUCACUUGAAGACAAACCAAAAAGAAAAGCAAAUCAUGUACCUCCCCUGUCCAAAAUUUGGGACUGGACUUGCCGUAAUACACAUGGCUCGAGCUUUUCGUCACACACACACCCCCCCUUUUGUACGAUACCCAACUCUGCUGCUCAUCUUGUUCCGCACGA